CUGGAGAGAGAAACACGACUCCUGUUCUCUCACACAAACCCCCAGCAGCACUGGCUCCAGCACACGGUCAGAGGGGCUCUUUGUCUCCAUUUCCAGGAGGUUUCUGGUCAGUUCAGCAUGGAGCUCUUGACACAUCCAGCCAAACCCGCAACAGCUCCAAACUGAAGAGUGAAACUCCUGAAAGACUAGCCGCGAGGAGUAACUGGAUUGUAGCCUUUAUACAACAACUCACAACCGCAGAAUUUCUACACACACAUACACUUUUGAGCCUUUAAUUCACACCCGUCGCGUUUAUCGACUUCUGCAACCAUGGGUUUAUGGACGAGAAGACGCGAGCGCGAACUCGCACACGCCGAGGCUGUUUUCCUGGCGCUUACUCUGAUCGGCGAAGUGAUCCUUGUCCAGGCUGGCUCUUUCUAUUUCACCAAGGAGCCAAAAUCCCAGGAUGCCCUGCACGGGCGCAGUGCCAUGCUGCGGUGUGAAGUAAACGACCCUCAAGGUGUCAUCUACACCUGGAAGCACAACGGCGAGACCGUCACCAAUUCAGAGCGACGAUUUCUGGAAGGGGGCAACCUGAAAUUCACUGCCAUUGACAGAACGUUGGAUUUAGGAAACUUCCAGUGCUUUGCCUCAAAGAACACCAGUGGUGAAGAAGAGCGCACCGGCGAGGCCUCCUUCAAUAUCAAAUGGUUGGAAAGUGGUGCAGUGAGUCUGAAGAGUCCAGAAUCAGUGGCAGAGAUUGAGAGCUCCUCUCAAGUGAUACUACGGUGCAACAUAGAUGGACACCCACGGCCAACCAAUCGCUGGCACAGAGAUGGAACACUAUUAACAGAGAAGAGCUACAAAAUAAACAACAAAGACAGAACCCUUAUGCUGCCGAAUGCCAGUCCUGACGACAACGGCCUCUACUACUGCUGUGCAAAGAACGCAGCGGGCCAAGUGUGCAGCAAUGGCAACUUCACACUCAACAUCAUAGAUAAGAGUUUUCCUCAACCCGUGGUGAAGCCAGAGGAUUUGGUGGUCAUGAAGAAUGAGGAAGCGCUUUUCCACUGCCAGUUCACGGCUGAACCGCUGCCUACCGUUGAGUGGUACCAUGAGAAUGAGCUGGUGGCCAACAAGAGCCGUGUCUUUAUUCUGAGCAAUGGAUCCCUCUUCAUCACUCAGGUGAAGCAGCGAAACACAGGCCAGUAUAAAUGUGUGGCACAAGGACCCCGUGGCCCUCCUGUCUCUCUCGAGGCCUCGCUGCGAAUCGCAGAAAUCGAGGACAUGAUGCCUAAACAGUCCAGGGUGUUCACCGGAGACUCUCUGGAGCGAGUGACAUGUCGACCUCCCCAUGGGCACCCGGAGCCAGAGGUUUGGUGGGAACAUGCGGGACAGCGAGUUCCACCCACAGGCAGAGUAUCCCAGGAUGGACUGGACCUGAUUUUCAGUCCCACUCGUGGCGAAGACUCUGGGAUCUACACGUGUUUUGCACUAAACAAGGCUGGACUGAAGAAACAAGAGUUGACGGUCACUGUGGCCACCAAACCGGAGUGGGUCCAGAAACCCGUGGACAGCCAGCUGGAGGAGGGGCGCGCCGGGUACCUGCACUGCCACACACGCGCCACGCCUGAACCCGAGGUCACGUGGUACCGCAACAUGCAGCCAAUCACCGCAGAGGACGUUCGCUUCAAGCUCUUCUCCAAUGGAACUUUGCGCAUAAAUAACGUGGAGGUGUAUGACGGCCAUCUGUACGGCUGUGAGAGCAGAACGGAGGCGGGAAAACUGAAUGCCCAGGCACGGGUCUAUGUACUCGAGCGUCUGAAGUUCACGCCGACGCCGCAGGCCUACCAGUGCCUGGAGUUCAACAAGGAAGGACAUCUGCAGUGUUCUGCCAAGGGCCGACAGAUCCCCACCAUCCGCUGGAUCAGAACAGAUGGCAGUGAUAUCCCAGUGUUGGUGGAGCAGCAGAGGGGCACACUGCACUUCACCAAAGUCACACGGGCCGACGCGGGCAACUACACCUGCCUGGCCUCCAACGAUCAGCAGGGAGAGAUCAGAGCAGUCGUCCAGCUCACCGUCGCAGUUUAUGUGGCGUUUAAGCUCAAGCCAGAGAAUACCACAGUAUAUCAGGGACACACUGCAGUACUUCACUGUCAGGCCACUGGAGACCCUCAUCCCUUUAUCCAGUGGAAGAAAAAAGACAAGUUUCUGGAGGCAGACAAGAGCAGAUUCCAGAAGAUGCCCAACGGCUCUCUGGUCAUUCAUGACGUCAGCACGGAGGACACUGGGAGCUACACUUGCAUCGCAGGGAACAGCUGUAACAUUGCACACACUUCGGCAGAGCUCUACGUUGUGGAAAAACCAGUACAGCACUCAUUAGCAGAUGAUGAAAAGACCCCUUACAAAAUGAUCCAGACUAUUGGUCUGUCGGUGGGGGCGGCAGUCGCUUACAUCAUCAUUGUGCUGGGUCUCAUGUUUUACUGUAAGCAGAGACGCAACGCCAAGAGACUCCAGAAGGGGCAGGACGGAGACGAGCAAGAGGUGGAAUGUCUCAACGGGGACGUACAACAGAACGGCCACACCACAGCAGAGAUCCAGGAGGAGGUGGCGCUUACCAACAUGGCUGCCACCGGAAACAACAAACGCCACAGCAGUCACGACAAGCUUCAGUUCCCCCGAAACAACCUGCACACCAUCACAACACUGGGUAAAGGAGAGUUUGGUGACGUGCUGCUGGCUAAAGCAAAGGCCAGUGAGGAUGAGGAGGAGAUGGUCGUGCUGGUGAAGAGUCUGCAAACACGCGACGAGCAAAUGCAGUUGGAUUUCCGUCGUGAAUGUGAGAUGUUUGCUAAGCUGAGCCACGCUAACGUUGCUCGUCUGCUGGGCCUCUGCAGAGAAGUGGAGCCGCAUUACAUGAUCAUGGAGUACAGCGACAUGGGUGAUCUGAAGCAGUACCUGAGGGUGUCCAAGAGCAAAGAUGAGAAAGUCAAAGUCCAGCCGCUCAGCACCAAACAGAAGGUGUCGGUGUGUCUGCAGGUCGCUCGAGGGAUGGAGCACCUGUCCAACCAGCGCUUCGUCCACAGAGACCUGGCCGCCCGCAACUGCCUCAUCUCUGCCAAACGCCAGAUCAAAGUGUCCGCUCUGGGCCUCAGCAAAGACGUCUACAACAGCGAGUACUACCAUUAUCGCCAGUCCUGGAUUCCUCUGCGCUGGCUGCCAUCCGAAGCCGUCUUUGAUGACGACUUCUCCACCAAGACGGACGUGUGGUCGUUCGCAGUGCUCAUGUGGGAGGUCUUCAGCUUUGGGGAGCUGCCGUACGCUGAUCUAUCGGAUGAUAAAGUCCUAGAAGCUCUGCAGGAAGGCAAGCUGAAGUUGUCUCCUCCUCAGGGGUGUCCAUCUCGCGUGUUCAAGCUGAUGGUGCGCUGUUGGGCCGCCAGUCCCAAAGACCGACUGUCUUUCAGCGACAUCACCUGCGCCCUCAGCGACCUGCCCUCCGAGAGCAAAGUCUGAGAGGACGGGAUCAUCCGUCAAGCCAUGAUGGAAAAACCUCCACAUCAAAAAUUCUGGCUCAAGUGUCUUGCCUCGAGAAAAAAGACUUGUUUUAUUAUCAACCAUCUCUUCCUUUUUUAUAUAUAUAUACUGUAUAUGUUUAAUAAAAUGUUUUCGAAGGUUCCUCCAACAUUUGGUUUUAAAUGGGGUUUGUCUAUCACUUCUCAGUUUGAGUUUGCCCACUCAAAACGAAGAAAUGUAGUAAAUGGUGCGUUUGUAAUACCAAACCAUGCACUGACCAAUUUUAUAUUUUAGAAGGAUUGUCUCGGGAGCCUCUUAAUUUAUUUAAAAGGUCCUGUUUGUUCAAUGUACAGAAAGGUACUGUUUAUAUGACUUUUUUUAUGAUGUUUAUGAGUUUAGCCUUUUUUUUUAUAUAUAAUUCAGAAGUACUCAUAGAAACAACUGUUGAGAAAACCAUGUUUAUAAAAUGACUUCAAGUUCAAAUUUCAAGUGCCUGUAAAAUGAAGGAUGUCUUGACUUUAGUAUGCUGUAUGUUACGACUUGGAAAUGCCUUGAAUGUUUUGUUUUUUUAUAUAUAUAUAUACAUUUAUAGUGUUUUUAUUGCUUAGUCCAGUGUUUUAUCUUGUAAUUGCUACCCACACGUUACAUAUCGGUUUCUAUAAAAGUCCAGAGGUCUUCUUGACUCUGGGGAAAAAAGUGAACACACACUUCUGUCGCAUACUCUGCUGUUGCAAUAAAACUUCACUUUUAACAAAGCUU